AUGGCGCUAUACGGGACUUCUGACGCCUUGAUGUGUAGGGCAUUCCCAACGACCCUACGAGGGCUAGCCCGCGCGUGGUACAGCGGCCUGAAGGCCGGGACCGUCGCCUCCUUCGAUCAACUUGCCAAGGACUUCGAGCUCAACUUCCUAGCUUACGCUCGACCAAAGCCGUCCGCGUUCAUGACAGGCCUGCGGCCUUCUAGGUUCUUUUGGUCUCUCGUGGAGCGGCCCCCCGCCGCGGUCCCCGAGAUGCUUCAGCGCGCUAGCCAGUUCAUCGCCACGGAGACAUGGAUGGCUGGGAAGCGGGAGGAGCACAAAAAGGUCAAGUCGGAGCUGCCCCGACAGCAGCAACCCGCCGUGUCCCGGCGUAAGCUGGACGGAUCCGACCCAAGGCCUCCCCUCCCCGCCUUGAAUUCGUCCCGAACAGAAAUAUUUCUCCAUGAGAAGGGGAAGGGGCUACUCAAGGAUCCUCACCCGAUGAGGAACCCGCGAGAGCUCGUGGACCGUUCAAAAUAUUGCCGCUUCCAUCGGCAGCAUGGAUACGACACGGAACAGUGCCAUGAAUUGAAAAGGCAAAUUGAGGAGCUUAUUCGCAGAGGGCAUCUCGGCCAGUACCUCCGGCCGGACGGAGAGCUAUCACCACGCCCGGAAGGCCCCAUCGAGCGACACAUCGACGUGAUAGCUGGCGGUCCCGCAUCGGGGGGGGGGGCUCCACGUCGGGAAGAAAGGCGUACGCCCGAGCUGCCUCGGACGAAGCCCCCGGACACGAACCCGAGCCCGAAAUUACUUUCUCGACCGGAGUAUCCGAACAACCCGAGCACGACGACGCUCUCGUGA